AUGACUGUUGUCACACCUCAAGCAUCAUCUGAUGAUGAUGUUCUAACAGCAGUGGCAAUCGUCCAUCGACUAGAACAUUCAAAUGGAAAACAUUUAUUGAAACAUUUACCGAUAAUACGAACAGAAACGUUAUUAUUAAAAUAUCUUUUUGAAAAUGGUUUACCAAAAACAAAUCAUACAAAUCGAACAUCGAUAUUAAAUAAAAUAAAAUCAUUAUCUUAUUAUCAAACAUUUCUUUCAUCAUCGGAAUUUAAAGAUUAUUUUCAAUUAAUUAAAAAAUCCGAUAGACCACAAAUAAAUAAAGAUGAUUAA